CUGCGGGCGCAGAGUGGGGAUGAGCGCGGAGAGCGGAGCGGUGCGCUGAGGGUCGGGCGGCUGCGCCAUGGUGGCUCACGAUGAGCUCGGGGGGCUGCUGCCUAUCAAAAGGACUAUCCGGGUGAUCGACUCACAGAACCAGUCCUUCAGGGAGCAAGAGGAGCCAAGCAAUAAACGGGUUCGGCCUUUAGCACGGGUCACAUCCUUGGCCAACUUGAUCUCUCCUGUAAGAAAUGGUGCAGUUCGGCGCUUUGGGCAAACGAUACAGUCAUUUGCCCUUCGCAGUGACAGCAAAUCUCCCAGCUGUGCCCAGAAGUCAUGUAGCAGAUCUGCUGCCCCUACCCCUCCUAAAAGAAGAAACAGCGUCCUUUGGUCUGAGAUGUUAGAUGUCAACAUGAAAGAAUCUCUGAGCACCAAAGAAAUCAAACGCCAGGAGGCAAUAUAUGAGAUGUCCAGAGGAGAACAGGACCUGAUUGAAGAUCUGAAGCUUGCCAGGAAGGCUUAUCAUGAUCCUAUGCUGAAGCUCUCUAUCAUGUCUGAGGAGGAACUCACCCACAUAUUUGGGGACUUGGAUUCUUACAUUCCUCUGCACGAAGAUUUGUUGGCAAGUUUAGGAGAAGCAACAAAACCAGACGGAACGGUGGAGCAGAUCGGGCCCAUCCUUGUGAAGUGGUUGCCACGACUCCAUGCCUACAAAGGUUACUGCAGCAAUCAGCUGGCAGCCAAAGCGCUGCUGGAUCAGAAGAAACAGGACCGAAGGGUGCAGGACUUCCUGCAGCGUUGCCUCGAGUCUCCUUUCAGCCGCAAGUUGGACCUCUGGAGCUUCUUGGACAUCCCUCGAAGUCGGCUGGUCAAAUACCCACUGCUCCUAAAGGAGAUCCUGAGGCACACUCCCAAAGACCAUCCUGAUAUUCAGAUUCUGGAAGAAGCCAUAUCUAUAAUCCAAGGAGUCCUCUCUGACAUCAACUUAAAGAAGGGAGAGUCGGAAUGCCAGUAUUACAUUGACAAACUGGAGUAUCUGGAUGAGAAGCAGAAGGACCCGAGGAUUGAAGGAAGCAAAGCUUUACUGUGCCAUGGGGAGCUGAAGAACAAAAACGGGCAUAAACUCUACGUCUUCCUCUUCCAAGACAUCCUGGUUCUGACCCGGCCGGUCACUCGCAACGAGCGUCAGUCCUACCAAGUGUACAGGCAGCCCAUCCCUGUGCAGGAGCUGAUCCUGGAAGACCUGCAGGACGGCGAUGUGAAAAUGGGAGGCUCUUUCCGAGGAGCGUUUGGCAAUUCAGAUAAAGCUAAAAAUAUCUUCCGAGUCCGUUUCCAAGACCCCUCCCCAGGCCAGUCCCACACGCUGCAGGCCAACGAUAUCUUCCACAAGCAGCAGUGGGUGAACUGCAUCCGAACCGCCAUUGCCCCCUUCCAGCGACCCGCUGCUGCCACGGAGCUGAAGGAGCUGCCAGAGCUCAGCGAGGAGUCGGAGGAGAACAACCCCUCCGUGCCCAACGUCAGAGCGCAGAGGAGGCAAUCUGCCAUGUCAGGCAUCACUGAGAUGGAGCUCGAUGAGAGCACAGCCGAGUGCGGCUCCGUCCUGGACUCAGAGGAAGCAGCCAAGGGCACGAAAACACACAGAACACUGUCUGGGCACAGGAAAACCAGGGAGAAGCAACUCAGCAGCAAGCGGAAAGAAACACUGGUGUAGGGAGGAGCCCAGUGCCAUCCUGGUGGAACUGCUUAUUUAUAAAUAACGUGUACAUUUUCCUUGUCAUGUGAGCACGAUUGGAUUUGCUCUACUGAACAGAAGUGUCUUUUUUUUUUGUAUGUUGUAAUGGCAGCUACUGGUAUGCAGUUAACACUGUUGAACCGGAGUCUGUUUUUCCAAAAGGGAGCAGUCUGAGCCCGCUCUGCCACUGCCAGGCAGCAUUUUGACCUCUUUACAGCAGGUUUGUGAAGAACACCUUGUUGGUUUGGGGAAGAUUUUCACGUGUGGUGGUUGAGGCUUCUAAAGCAGAAGUUUGUGCCGUCACCUGGAGCCUGGCAGAGCCCCUCCUCGCAGUCCUAUCAGUGCUGUGAGAAUCCCUUCAAGCACUCUGAAGCUGAAAUCACCAUUUUGUUUCUGUCUUUUGCAGUGUGUGGUUACCACCACCCAUCCCACCAAAAAAAAACAGACCCCAGGUUCAACAGGUUCUCAAUUUACCUACUGGAAUCUUUCAUUUUAGAAUGUCCAUUUGUACAUUCCUCAUUUUCACUCACGUAACCUGCCACGUAUUUAAUUUUGGGGUUUUUUUUUUAAUUAGUUGUUUUUGUUUCGGGUUGGUUUGGGGUUUUUGUUCCCUUUUUCUUUGGUUUUCUUUUUUUACUUUUGUAUUGCUCUUGUCAUCUUUUAGUCUUUCAGACUUGGCAUUUCCUUUCGAGUACUCCAUCCUUCUUGUUCAGAGAUGUACAAAUUGCUUCUCACGUCACUCACAGAACUGGGUUGUACGGGGCGUAGAAAGGUUUUAGGCACGUUGCAAAGGGUUUGGGGAGGGGGAAGAGCAGAUAGAAGGAAUAGAGGGAGCAGGAGUAGCUUUAUUCUGUUGUCUUUUGCAAAUGAAACGCCUCUCACUGCCCGUGAGAGGCAGGGUUGGAGGCAACCAAGAGGAUACUGCAUGUGGUAGAAAGCAUAGAGAAAAGAAAGCGUAGAGAAAAGAAAGCAGCUGAAGCUGAUGAGUUACAGACAGAGACACGGCUGUAUAUAGGUGUACAAUGGUAGCACUGCCAUGUUCUACAGUGAUCCAAAGAUUCCCGUGAGAUGCCAGCUUGGAACCUGUGCUGCAAAGCGUUGUAGGAAACGAAGUGGUGACAGCUCUGAUCAAAGCCAAAAGGUUGUUCCUGCAGUACGGCUGAUCCCACCGCCCUCCGUGACACCAACCUGGGAGCCCUGAGUCUCGGAUGAGGUUCUGGUUUUGUUGGGAAUGGGAAGAGGGGGCACGCAGCCACGAAACCCGCACGGUUCUCUGUAAAUGGCUUUGUACAGUUUCAAGUGCCAAGUACAAUUAAAUUCCUGACGGCC